AUGUACAACAGUGAAAACAACCCCGAGAAUUUCCCCGAUGGCGGCAAAGAGGCAAACCUAGUCUUGCUAGGCUCAUUUUUGGGUCUUAUUGCCGAUUUCGGCAUCCCCAACACUUUAGGAGCCAUUGAAUCUUACGUUUCAUCUAACCAGCUUCGAGACAUUGCCAAAGCUGAUGUCGGUUGGGUGUUUUCGCUUUAUUUAUGCAUCAUGUACUUGGGAGGGUUGUUGUUUGGUGAGUUGUUUGACAAGUUUGGCGCGAAAAAACCGUUGAUGGUGGGCACGUUGUUGAUGUGCACGGGGUUGAUUUUGACUGGUGAAAGUACCGAGUUGUAUCAUUUCAUUCUCAGUUUUUCGGUCUUGACUGCCUUGGGUACUUCAAUCGCGAUGUCUCCCUUGAUUGGGUGUUUGAGCCAUUGGUAUUUGAGGAAACGCGCGUUGGCUUGUUCCGUGGCCACCAUUGGCGGGUUGGUUGGAGCUUCUUGCUUUGCCAUCAUGUUGCAGCGGUUGUAUGAAACGAUUGGAUACAAGAAUGCCUUGAGGGUGUUGAGCUGUAUUUGCUUUGCGUGUAUGGCGUGUCUGAUUGUGUUGGUGAAAGAGCGCAAACAAACAAAAGAAGCAACUUCAGGAACGGAGUCAGGGUCAGGGUCACUGGCAGAGGCCAGUGAUAAACAGCACAAAGAAACUAGGUUAGCAAAGCUAUUGAAAUUUCUCAAGGGAGCUCUCGAUGUCAAAAUCUGGACUGAAAAAAAAUUCAUUUGCCUAACAUUGGCGGUUUUCUUAGCAGAGGUGGUGUCCAUGACUACGUUGACGUAUCUUGGUUCGUAUGCGUUGGCCUUUGGUGUCGACCAAACGUCGUCCUAUUUGUUGUUGACCAUAAUCAACCUCUGUGGCAUCCCAUCGCGGUUGAUGUCGGGGGUCGUGGCUGACAAAUACGGCAGAUUCAAUGUCAUGAUUGGCACCUCUAUUUUGACAACCAUUUUUGUGUUUGCAUUAUGGUAUCCAGCCAAACACGUGACCUUGUUGUACCUGUUUGGAGUCUUGUUUGGCAUUUCAACCUCGGCUGUUCUAGCGUUGAUCCCCGCCUGUGCUGGCCAAAUCUGCUCGCUGGAAUCGUUUGGCAAGAUUUACGGGAAUGUCUAUUUUUUCCUUGGGUGGUUGACCUUGUUGGGAAUGUAUUUUGCCUCCUUGGUGAUUGGCGAUGGGUCCAGGAGAAGCUACAGCAAUUUUGUCUUGUUUGAAGGGGCGCUAAGUGUAGCUUCUGUCAUUAUGUGGUUAUUGGCCAGAUCCAGUGCCGUAGGCUGGAAGUGGUCAAAAUUUUAA